CAGUCUAAUAAAGAGGAAGAAAAAAUUCUCAGGCCCCAACAGCGCGUUCCUGUAAGUAACCUCACCUCGGAAGCCGCCCGCCGAGGAAGCAGCCGCCCCAAAGCGAGGGCCGAGGAGGCGCUGCUCGUUGUCGCCACCCUACAGACGACUCGGGUUUCCCAUGCAGGGGGUCACAGCCUGUGCUAGGAGGGGCAGGAGCGCUUGAGUGGGGAAAGGGAUUUCCAUGCAGGGCUUUUCCUCCUUUCCGAAUCGCCAGGAGAAGUAAGCUGUUGCCACCCAGCAUCGCCGCUCUGGAGCAUGGGAGCCGGCGAAGGUGUUUCGCAGGUUCUUGUGCAGAUCCAUUCCGCUCCCAACAAUCUUCUGUUCACUGAAUUUUUUGAAACCGAGCACUUGAGCUGUUCUGUUUAUUUUGGAGCAAAGAUGCAUGGCGCCAGCAAAAUUUACAGGUAAGCCUAGUAAUGGAUGAAUGAGUGACAAGUGCUAAAGGCUGCAAGACAGAAAGAGAACGAGAGACAGCCAGCCCCACUUCUCUUCCUGAAGCGUUUUGGACACGUUGAAGAUGAGGAGCCGCAGCAACUCAGGUGUCCGCUUGGACAGCUACUCUCGGCUUGUUCAGCAGACCAUUUUGAAUCACCAGGUCAGUGCAGGUACAGGUAAAUGGGCAUUCCCAUUCUUAGGAACCUGCUCUUCUAUUUGCAUGUGUUUUCAGUUAUCUGGUUGUCUAUUGAUGCCUUUGCCCUAGUUGGUGAGAACCUUAAAUGAACUAGAAGUGUGAAAUAUUUUGCAUCAAGUACAGAAGUCUAGACCUUUGAAUUCUAUGUGGAUAGGUAUUUGUAGGUAAUGGCAACCUAUUGCAAAGAAAUACUGUUCCUAAGGCAAUUUCCAAAAAACAACUUUUUAUGUGGGAUAAGGACCAUAAGGACGCAGGAGAAAAAUUAGUUAUCAUCCAGCAUCUUCUUUGAUUUCUGAGUAAUUCUGCUGCUGUAUUCCAAAGUCCUCUGAGAAAGAUAAGUGGGCUUUUAAUAGUUCAAAGUGACUGACAGACUUCAAAGAGGAACAGAACAUACUGUUCUUUCUAUUCAGUGAAUUAAGACACAGUGUGUAAGAGAGAAAAAAAGGCGUACAGCUUCCAGCAUGCCCUUGGACUGCCCCCUUAGUAUGCAUUGUGGGUGUUCUCUUGAGUCCACUCACCAUGUCUCUACUCAUAAAGAUCGCUGCUGUGGUAGCAGCUAUUCUUGGAAUCUGCCUACCAGCUGGCCUUGUCUCCUUCCUACCCCUUCCUGUCACAUUUUUGCUGAGCUGUGCAGCUGAUAAUCAAAUAGGUGAAUUGCUUUUACCCCUGACAGUUGCCUGGGGGAUCUCUCCCCUGCACUUUGCCAUCUCCCCUUAGGCUUUCCCACUGUCAACCGGCUUCUUCGCACGCUGCCUUUUGGUCACCUUACCAUUGUAGGAAACUUUGGGCAUCUUGUCACACAUGCUUAACUUUUUGCUGCUCAGCAUAUUUAGUAAAUGUAAAGCUUGAUUUAAGGUUUGGGACAAAUAAGAGUAUAAGUUUCUGCAUCUUGUAUCUUCAGUGCACCUGACAGUUUAAUUAGCACUCCCUCCAUUUCUGGUGCUCAAUGCUCAUGCAAACAAAAUGCACAAGAGAGAGGUAUUCAAUAUUGUAGGAUUGUUAGUAGUGCUUGCAGAAAAAAUAAUCCUAAACUGAGAGGGACUCCCAGGUACAGACUGCACUUUUUCAGUGACUACAGAAUGCAGGCAGAGCAGGAAUGGAGUGGCGUGGCUACAAUUUUGAAUUCUCAUUGUUCAUAUUGAAUUAACAUUCGCACAAGGGAGACAAUUCACAUGUAGCUGGUUCCCUUUAUUUUAGUAUAACUUUGUUGUAAACCAUCCAGAGAAUGUUGCUGAUGGGACAGUACAGAAGUGAAAUAACUAAAUUAAAAUAACAGGAAAGCAUUUUCUUUUGGUUCUUGACUCUUGGUAAUGCUGCUUUGUUAUUCUGCUUGACAUCACUAUUCACAUACUAAUUCCCCUGACAUCAGACAUAUUGGUUGAGGUGACAAACAAACGCAUCUAGUCACCUCACUUUACAUAUGUGCAAUAGAUAUGUGUAUGUUCAUCACCUGUGUUCAUUCAGACAAGGAAUGUGGCACUCCCAUGCCCCUUGCCUUGGAACUGAAAAUACAUGUGGUUGAAGUGACCCUUAAACUAGAUGCUGUGCUCAGAAAAGCUGCUAUAAAUGUAGAGUCAUCCUAUUCAUGUUAAUGCCUGGCUGCUGUAUUUAUUACUGUGUGGUUAAAUAAGACCUGACUAUUGCAAAAGUUGAUGGUGAAGAAAAGCUACAUCCAUUGGACAGGUUUCCUGUAUAAACUGAAUUCUCUAAUUCUAGAGAAGCUUUGGGCUAAUAAUGUGGAAUAUAAUAAUAAAUAUGUUAACUUUUUGAGCUGAAGACCUCCUACAGUAGAAUGUUCCAAUGUCUUUUGAGAAAGCCUGCAAUUAAAAUAGUCAAACUUAUAGUAAUGGGAGUGGAGGAUUUUUUGGUCUGUGAGUCACUUUCCAAAUAUACCUUUUAUUAAGUGGCCUAAGCUGAAGUGGGCCAGUAUAAAAGUCACACUGCACCACGUUCUCAGACAUUAGACCUAAAGGUUAGUGGAACUUUGCCACAAACUAUGCCAGGAACAGGCUUUGCAGCCAGCAAAACUCCCAUUAUAAUGGUCUGCAAGAUUACAGUGCAGUCUUCACAAUACAAUGAUGUUACAACAUGAAACAGUGCAGAAGGUGCACAGGCAUUCCUAGCUUGUAUAGCUGUAUAUGUAUUUAUUCACAUUUUCCUUUGCUCUGGUUGAAAGCUUUGGAAUACAGACAGUGCUAUAGGUUUACCUGUUGGAUAUCCUUUGUGAUAUAUGGGCAUUUAUGGAAUCCUUUUGAAGUCCUUAGGACUCUGUGAAGAUGGGACAUAGCAUGGGCAGAUCUGCUGGUUGCUGUAUUCCUGGUCUUUGUCCCUGAUCCUAUGCAGUUUUCCAGUAUCUCUGUCUAGCAGUCCUCUGGGCCUCUGACUAAAUUGUACUAGGCCGAAGGGGAGGCUAACUGGAGAUAUGGAUACAGACCUCUCAUCUCCCUAGGCUAGGUGGAGGAGGGAGGUUGUGAACAGGAUCUAGGGUGGGUGAGCAGUGUGUCUGCAAUGUAAGUGGAUCAGGUUGUGUGUGCUUGUUUCACCUGACAUUCAGUGGUCACACAGUAUCUACUUUUGCUGUGUUUCUACCAUGCAUUUUUUUACUUCAGUGCUGAGAUGGCUCUAGCAACACUGCAAAACUAGAGGAAUCUGACAUUUUGUAAGCAGCCGUGUUUACCAGAACUGUAUGGUGAACUGCACUUUGAUUACCCCUUGACUAACAUAUCCAAACUUAAAGGCUUCAACAAAAACACUAGAACUGAAAAAUUGUUACACCAGUGACUGAGGGUCAGCUAGACUCAUUGGUGUUUUUAUGAUUGUUUACAUGAAGUUUAAAUCAUGCAGCAGUGUUAUUAAAUAGAAAAAAUAAAGCAGGUAUACACUGAGUAAACUUUCUGAUUCUUUCUCUCUCUCUCUCUGUGUGUGUGUAUUUUCUUUGCAAAUAGUCUCUGUGGUAGGUACAAAUAUUUAGUAGCUAUCAAGGAGAAAGCUAAUGAUUGCGUAAGGAUUCCCUGGCUGGAAGAAAAAUCUACUAUAGCAAAAUCUGGUGACUGAUUCUUUUAACUGCAGUUGUGAUUGCCCAAUAUGGUCUUUCUCAACUUUGUGCCCUCCAGCUGUGUUUGGGUCUACAAUUCCCAGAAUAGCUGGUUGGAGAAUGCUGAGAGUAGCAGUCAAAUACCUCUGAAGGGUUCUCGGGUGGGAAAGGCUGAGAGGAAGGUGGGAUCAGAAAGGCUGGGAGGGUUGAGUCAAGUUGUAUUAGGAGGUGAGCAUAGCUGGACUAUGUAGCAGUGUCAGACACAUCCUUUCUGCCCCAGCACAGUGGUACUUGUAUUCUGCACACACUUCUGUCAUCCUAGACAUUGUACACUGUGAAACUCUAGUUCUGCAUCAUGGCCCUGUAGCCUGCAGGCCACCUUAAUACAAUGACACAUGAAGGCCAUUACAUCCAUAGAUGAGAGCUGAAUGAGAGCAGAGAGCUGGCAAUGUCGCACAGCACCUGGAAGGAUCACGUCAUUUACCUUAGCAAAUACGUCCACAGCAGGACUCUGAGGUAUAUAAGCACCACUUGCUUGGAGGGCAGGCUUUUUCACUGAUUUCAAAUCAGUGGUCAGCUAGAACUGGCUUUUUGAUCUUGGACUUUAUGGUCCAGCAGGACUGAAUGUAGGUCACAGGAAGAUCUAUUCUCUGUGACUGUUUCCACUUCUAGAUCUAGACCUUGCUUACUUUGGAAAUUUCAUGUGCAUUAUUUCAGUCAUCCUUACAAUUACCCUGUGAUGUAGGGAGUAAUAUCUUCAUAUAGAGAUGAGGUAUGGGGCUAAGGCUGAGGCCAUCUGGAAGAGAACUACUUCCUGGUUUGCAGCUCUGUCUCUUAACUAUUGUGGAACAGUAGCUCUGAAUAGGAGCCUGUUGAGUAAAUCAUUUCUCUUUUGUAACCUUAUUUUGAAGAACCCAGUUACAGGAUUGUUCUCUGCUAGCACUGAACAAAAAGAUGCUUGGGUACGAGAUAACCUAUACAGUAUUUUGGCUGUGUGGGGCCUAGGAAUGGCCUACAGAAAGAAUGCAGAUCGUGAUGAAGAUAAAGCCAAAGCCUAUGAAUUAGAGCAGAAUGUUGUGAAACUUAUGCGGGGCCUUCUGCAAUGCAUGAUGAGGCAGGUAGACAAGGUUGAAAAGUUCAAGCAUACACAGAGUACCAAGGACUGUCUGCAUGCCAAGUAUAAUACAGCGACUUGUGGAACUGUAGUUGGAGAUGAUGAAUGGGGGCAUCUACAAGUAGAUGCAACUUCCCUUUAUCUUCUCUUCCUGGCUCAGAUGACAGCAUCAGGGUUGCGUAUUGUGUUCACCCUUGAUGAAGUUGCCUUUAUACAGAAUCUCGUAUUUUACAUAGAGGCUGCCUACAAAGUUGCUGAUUAUGGCAUGUGGGAACGUGGUGAUAAGACCAACCAGGGCAUCCCUGAACUAAAUGCAAGCUCUGUGGGAAUGGCAAAAGCUGCAUUGGAAGCAAUUGAUGAAUUGGACCUUUUUGGAGCUGGAGGAGGGCACAAGUCAGUAAUUCAUGUCCUUCCAGAUGAAGUUGAACAUUGUCAGUCCAUUCUAUACUCCAUGUUACCGAGGGCAUCCACGUCAAAAGAGAUUGAUGCUGGACUUUUGUCCAUUAUUUCUUAUCCAGCCUUCGCUGUGGAGGAUAUGAACAUUGUUAAUGCAACAAAAAAUGAAAUUAUCACCAAACUGCAAGGACGGUAUGGCUGCUGUCGUUUCCUUCGGGAUGGCUAUAAAACACCCAGAGAGGAUCCAACGAGAUUACACUAUGAUCCUGCUGAGCUCAAAUUAUUUGAGAACAUAGAAUGUGAAUGGCCUGUAUUCUGGACGUAUUUUCUAAUUGAUGGCGUGUUUAAUGGAGACAGAAUUCAGGUGCAAGAAUAUCGAGAAGCUUUGGAAGCGGUACUCAUUAGAAAAAAGAAUGGGAUUCUUCUGAUGCCAGAACUGUAUGCUGUUCCUCCAGAUAAGGUAAAUGAAGAAUAUGAGAACCCUCACACAGUGGAUCGUGUUCCAGCUGGAAAGCUUCCUCAUCUCUGGGGGCAAUCAUUAUACAUUCUUAGCAUCCUCCUAGCAGAGGGCUUUCUGGCUACUGGUGAAAUUGACCCCUUAAACAGAAGAUUUUCAACUGCUUUUAAGCCGGAUGUUGUUGUGCAAGUAAAUGUCCUAGCAGAAACAAAUCAUAUUCAGAAACUCUUGAAACAUCAUGGAAUCAACGUUCAGAGCGUUGCUGAUAUUAAUCCAACUAGAGUGCAGCCAGCACGGAUUCUGAGCAGUCUCUAUGCCAAGCUUGGUCGCAACAAGAGCAUGAAACUGAGUGGGAGACCUUACCGUCAUAUUGGUGUCCUUGGAACAUCCAAACUAUAUGUUAUAAGAAAUCAAAUAUUUACUUUUACCCCACAGUUUACAGAUCAGCAUCACUUCUACUUGGCUUUAGACAAUAGGAUGAUUGUGGAGAUGUUACGAACAGAGUUGGCUUAUCUCACUUCCUGUUGGAGGAUGACCGGGAGACCAACCCUCACUUUCCCAAUCACCAGUACAAUGCUGAUCGAUGAUGGCUCCGACAUUGAUCCAGCAAUUCUGGCCACCAUAAGAAAACUUGGGGAUGGAUACUUUGGAGGGGCUAGGGUAAAGUUUGGCAAACUUUCAGACUUCCUGACCACAUCAUUCUACACAAACCUCAGCUUUCUGGAUCCUGAUUGUGACGGGAAACUAUUUGAUGAUGAGAGUGAGGGCUAUUCUAGUACUGAAAGUGGUUAUGAACUAGAAGAUUAUGCUGACUUCUGUGUCAAAGAAAGCCAGGAUGAAUUGGACCAGUAUAUAAACAGUAUGUUACAGAGCACUGCUCUUAAAUCAAACUUACCUCCUGUUACAAAGAACUCUGGAUCACCCCAUGUAUUUAGUGCUGCUCAUUCCACUAGAGAAAUACUGUCAAUCAUGGCCAAAACUAAAGGACUGGAUGUACCAAAUGUUUCAAUGUCUUUGCCUACAAAGGUCUUAAAUACUCACCGAAAAUCUCUGAACCUUGUAGAUUCCCCACAACCAGUUACAGACAAGGAGCCCACGACUGCCCUUCAUUUGCCUAAGGACGCUCAUGGAGAUUUAGACUGUGAAAAAUUAGUUGGGCAGCUCAAGGAAUGUCCUACUUUACAUGACCAGGCCGAUAUAUUAUACAUCUUGUAUCUUAUAAAAGGUCUUGACUGGGACACACAGCUCUAUGGCCAGUGUGGGAUCACAGUCCAUUGCCUUCUCAAUGAGCUCUACAGCAAAGCAGGCCAGAACCAAGAGUGGGGAUUGAUCCGCUACAUAUCUGGCAUCCUCAAAAAAAGGGUGGAGGUCCUGGCCGAGGCAUGUACAGACCUGCUGUCGCACCAGAAGCAACUUACCGUUGGCUUGCCACCUGAGCCUCGUGAAAAAACCAUCACAGCGCCUUUGCCCCCUGAUGAGCUGACGAAACUCAUCUAUGAAGCCAGUGGCCAAGACAUCAGCAUUGCAGUUCUUACACAGGAAAUCAUGGCGUACUUGGCUAUGUAUGUUCGGUCGCAGCCCAGUCUCUUUGCAGAGAUGCUCAGACUCCGCAUUGGACUUAUUAUUCAAGUGAUGGCCACAGAACUUGCCCGUAGCUUGAAUUGCUCAGGUGAAGAGGCCUCUGAAAGCUUAAUGAAUCUAAGUCCCUUUGAUAUGAAAAAUCUCCUUCAUCAUAUCCUCAGCGGGAAAGAAUUUGGAGUCGAAAGGAGCAUGCGUCCUCUUGAUUCCUGUACAUCAAGCCCUGCUAUAUCUAUUCACGAAGUGGGUCAUACGGGAGCAACUAAAACAGAAAGAAGUGGCAUCACCAGGCUGAAGAGUGAGAUGAAGCAGAGGCAAAGGAGACUAAAUAGUGGUGAACAGUUCUUCUAUGGGGGCCAUUCCACAUCCAGCAGCAUGCAUUCGUCCAGGUCCAUGAGAUGUAGCAGCCCAUCUUCUCCUACCAGUACAUCAUCCCUCACAGGCUCUGUUGGACAUGGGAUCAGCUGGGGUGAUCGACAAGGGCAGUGGCUUCGCAGGAGGCGUCUCGAUGGUGCCAUUAACCGAGUCCCAGUGGGUUUUUAUCCAAAAGUGUGGAAGAUCCUUCAGAAGUGUCAUGGGCUUUCCAUUGAUGGCUAUGUCCUUCCAUCUUCAACGACUAGAGAGAUGACUGCUUGUGAAAUCAAGUUUGCUGUCCACGUAGAGUCAGUGCUGAACCACGUUCCCCAGCCUGAAUACAGACAGCUGCUGGUAGAAGCUAUGCUGGUACUUACACUGCUGUCAGAAAUCGAGGUGAACAGCAUUGGGGGCAUCAUUCAUGUGGAUCGGAUAGUGCACAUUGCAAAUGACCUCUUCCUUCAGGAACAGAAAUCCCUUGGAGCAACUGAUGGCUUCCUGGAACAAGACUUGGGCACGGGUAUUUGCUAUUUUUUCUAUGACAGUGCCCCAAGUGGUGCUUAUGGAACGAUGACUUAUCUAACAAAAGCGGUAGCGAGUUACUUGCAGGAAUUUCUUCCAAGCACAGGCUGCCUCAUGCAAUAAACUCUCUAAAGUACAUAAAUCCAUUAAACACAAUCUGCCUCCCUUCCCUCACCUUCUCUGUGUCACCCCUCACGCUACCUCAACAUCAUUUCAUUGUUGGCCGCCCUCAAGGCAUUACUGUGCACAGUGCUCCUACUGGAUGUGCUCAGAGCCACAUUCAUGAGAUUAACCAUUCUUUAAUUAGUGCAAAACAAAGAGAGAGCAGACAACACUUUGGGAAAUUUUACAAUACAACUCUCUAGUGCAAGCAAGCUAUAUAUCCUGUUUGGGUUUCAGACCAUUAUUUUAAAGUAAGCCUAGUAGUUGUUUUUGGGUGAGAACAUAACUUUUUUAAUAUACAGUAUAUAAUUAUCCUCUUAUGUCAGUAGAAGAGAAACUUUGGUAAAGCCAGCUUGAGCUACUACAUUUUAAAUCAGAAACCUUUCAUUAAGAAGAUUCCUUCUUGGGAACAAGAUUAAAAUGAUAAUUUCAUUUGAAAUUCUGAAGCAGUAAAAUUCAAAUGGCACACAGUGAAAAGGAGUCCAUCUAGAUAGGAAAUCCCUACGCAGAAGGACAUCUGUCACCGUGAACUUGAGUGGAACAGCUCACCAUAUCUAUGCCAUUAUUAUUUUUUUCACUAUAUACACACAUAGGGUAUAUCUGCUGGAAAGGUGUGGCCAAAGUGAUGGGUGUACAUGUUACUCCACUCCAGUAAAGCAGUCAACUGCUUGGUUUAUUUAGAACCACUGAGAUGAAUUAAUGAGGGUCAUAAACGUUCCAACUCAACUACCUUCUUUGCCUCUUUUAACUCAGAGUUCUGCCUGGCUCUUAUAUAAAGGGUCAGAACAUACAGUAGAGGCAGAACUUAAAGCAGACCAAAAUCAGUGCAAAAUUAAAGCAAGCUGUAAUACGUAUUAUGCACUUGGUGAAAACUAAAGACAUGCUUUUUUCAUGAUGAUGUCUACACUGUAUCAAUAGAGAUGUGUGAAAAAUAGUCCCAAAAUUGGGUUUUCAGAUCUCUUCAGGAAAGACUUUAAACAGAUUGAGCACUUUUUCUUAUAUAUUAGAAUUGGUUCAAACAUUCACAUAGGAGCAUAUCAUACAGUUCUAGAGUUGUACCAUUUUGGAAAGUAGAAUGGGAAACUGAAGGUUCACCAGCCUAUUGUACAAAUUCUGUGUCUGUUGAAAGCUAGAAUAUUGGUUAUCAGAACCUAACAAAGUGGAACAGGAGUUUGUAGUUGCAUGUCUUCUUGCUAGUUUUCACUUAGUCUUCUGCUCCUGUAAGUGCACAGGACAUUAACCCCAUCUCAUUGUUCCUAAUCUGAAGUGACUUUUCAGAAUAGUGCUCCUGGCUAAUGUACCCACAGGAGCAUGUUAAAAUAACUGUUCUGAUUUUGUUUCAACAGCAGUUCCUGAAUAAAGUCACCACUUGCGCUUUAAGCCAUAACUCAGAGCAUUCAGUGGAAAUACCACUUGAAGGGAGAUAGUAAGCAAUUCUGAAAUUCACAUUGAAGUAUUUUCUGGUUUUGUGCAGAAGUUGAUGCUACUGCCUUUAGAUAGGACUUCCUUGAGUAAAUUAUUACCUUGAGUUCAAAUCCGCACACUUCAGAACAAAUAUGCUGAGGAUCAAAGUGGCGAGACACAGCUUUUCACAUGCAACUUUUCACCUAUAGCUUAUAGUUCAUAUAUAAAACUGCAUCUGAUGUUAUGAUGCGAUAAUCUGGAAAUAAAAUGGACCAAACAAACAGAUCCUGCAUGCCCAGUAAUCAAAAGGUCUUUGGAAAGGAUUUCAGCAUCCUAGAGUUUGAUUUCUCAGAGAGCCCUAUGGGCUAUAGGGCAGCAUAGGAAUGUAAUAAUAAUUUCAAGUAAUCAACACAGUUUAUAUAAAAUUACACUGCCAAGCCUUACCUUUCCAGUUUUUGUUAUUCACUUGAACUUUUCACCAAGUAAGUGUCAUGAACAAAGCAUACCCAAGUGUCAUUUUUCUCCCGCUGAGUUGUGUGCUUCUCUGCCUUUAUCGUGCUCCCAAAUGUUGCUUGGGAGGCAGGCAUCAGCCACAGGCUUACCCAGACCAGCCCCCGAAGGACUGGGCACAUCCCCAUUCCUUGCCUCCUAACCUUUGUUCUGAUUCCUCACACUUGGGUGGGCCUUCCAGGAGCCAGUCUUGCAAGUCCCAAGCAAGCUGCCUCCUGUGGUACUUAUGUCCUAAGUGGAACAUGAACAAGGAAGGGCUGCAUUUGACUUGGCCAGCAAGUGUAGGAGCCACUCCUACCAAGCUCUUCAUUUGUAUGGAGAAGCAAGGGAGAAAGCAUCAGGGAUGUCAUGGAAUGGGCAAGCUAGUCCAAAAGAGGUCUCUCUGUCCCCUGCCGCCUACAAAGGCAACCAUCCUGAGAAGGCCGACGUGUUACAAGGCAAAGAUUUCCUAAAUCAUCUCCAGCAUUUGUAUGCAUAAAGUGAGACACAAACACAAAGCACCACUUCUUUCCUCUGCACGAGGAAAUACAUUGUACAGUGUUAACUUGCAAAGCAAAAAAUAUGGCUAGAGGCCAAGGAACUUAAUUUUCCAACAUCUCAGAUAUCCAAAAUGAAUACAUGACUCUUCAAAGUAUUUGAAGCAGUCAAGUCUUCCACUUUCCGGAUAGCAGGGAUCUAUCCAUAACAAAGUUUAUUUUAAAAUGCUGCUACCUCAGGUAUUCCACUGUUAUUAAAUUGUUUUUUUAGUCUAGUUUGGGCAACUGCUAUCUCAGAUUGCCAGCCUCCUGCACAGACUGAAAAAUAAAUGGAAGUAUUUCACACUGAAUGACUUGUUCAUGGAACAUAACUAAAAGACAUGCAGGCACAUUAAGCAUCUUGGAAACAGAAGCUAUUAGAAUGAAAAUGGAGCCAAUCAAAAUGUGUUGGUUCACUCUGUCAGGCAAAAUGGCUGUGGUUGCUAGGAAUGAACUGCCUACGCUACUAUGACAUGCCAGACAUGACUGGAAAAAGAAAACCGGCUUGGUAAUAAAAUCUUUCCAGAAAACGCUGAAUACCAAGAACUAUCGAUCAUCUCAUCUUUCUCAAACAAGCCAUGGAAUUAUGCCCCAAAUGUUUUUGUGAUAAUGGAUACAAGGAGCAUUGGCAGAGGUUCACAUUAUUUUAUUUACAUUCUAGGAAACAUUCAAAAAGCUUUUAAAUUGGAUUAAAUUUGGAAUGAAUGGUUGGAAUGAAAAAAUAAUGAAGCAGAUCGUUCUCUAUCAUGUUACAAAGUGGUUUUACAAUUAAUUUCCAAUUUCAGAAAUGCUUGCCCCCCCCCCCCGUGUGUGUGGUUGGCAUGCGUACGAGUGUUGCUACAACUUGAGCAAUCCACGCACAUUUAUGUGCACAGCUUAGUUAAAAUCCAACACUUGGAGCUACAGGAUUGAUUCAAUACUUAGUUGGAGUUUCCUUGUGCAUUGAAAACUGCCUUCUUGUCAUCUCUUAAUGGCAUUUUCUCCAAGCACUUCCACUUUUCUUGGCUUUAGAUUUCUUGUUAGAGAAAGGGUUCAAUUUACAGGUAAAGAUGCAUGGACAUUCAAUUGUGUAGCCAGCUAGAGCAACUAAAGCUCAAGUGGUACAUAAAUGUCCACCGUUUAUUUAUGUUGAUUGUGCAUUACUUUAUUCCCAGGCAGAUACACAAAAUGGAAGGCCAAACAAACAUAACGUGAUCCAGAACACUACUUGUGGCUUGCAGGCAACCUUUAUUCGUGUUUAGAUCAAAUAUUAUUAACUUUCUAGGCUCUAUGGUUUGCACUGAAGUAUCUGCACAAGGGGGCUAAUUUCCAAAAUAAUUUUUGUAUUCCAAUUGCUGUACUUUAAAAUCGGGGCAUUAGUGAUCUUUAAGAUACUGCAGGAGGAGUACAUUCCACUGUCUUAUCACAUAAACUUCUCCAUCCUAACUCUUCUUCAAUUGUUCUUCACACUUGCUUUUGAAUUUUUGGGGAUUACUUGUAGACUUCCUAGCUUCCCCUGAAAGAAAUAUUAAGCCUGUAAAGAUUUUAGCAAUUUUACUUUGGUACGAACUGUCCCUUAUUAUAUUCCUGUGGAUGGACUCUUUAUAACUACGCUAUUUUGCUAGCAUGUCGGUACUAUAAAUGAUUACAAUAUGGAACCAGUUGUAAGAACAGAAAAUGCAUGCCACAUACAUUUGUAGCUAGUGAUACCUUGUCCACUAGCACGCAACAGUCAUAAUAAGCCUGGCAUGCACUGAAUUUGUACACAGUAUUGAAUCUACAUCAUAAACAUUCACAUGUGAAGCAUUAUUUUUGACAUUUGCUUUAAAUAAAGGUUUGAAUUCUACACUGUA